AUGCGAUCUCAUAUGCACGUAAUGCCAAGAUUAAGCAGAGCUGAUGAACGAGGGCUUUACCCCAAAGGGAGCCCUUCCAGAAAUUCUCGAAGGCCUGAGCCAAACUCAGGCCUAAGAGGGGGUUUGGAAAUAGUUUUCAACCAGCAAUAG